AUGGCACUUCCCACUCCGCAUGGACACCUCGUUGCACGCCAUGACAAGAGCCACAGCCACGAACACGACAAGAGCCGCAACUUGCUCGAGAAAGAGCAAAGUCUGUUUUCUAAGUUGGCCACGCACCCGCGCAUCGGUGUCUUGAAGAGUGCUGGCUUUUUCCCUACCAACGCUGCAAGCAAACCGCAGAAAGAAUCUGCGGCACGCAAAUUUGAGCACGAGUACCAAAAAGUGGCUCACCAGAACAGUCUUGGCGGCGGUAUGUCGGUCGAUCUUGGAGAGCUUUUUGGUGACGAACUGGGUGGUAAGGUCAAGGUGAACGGCAAUAUUGAGUAUAACGACGGCAUGGAGAGCUCCGGCGGACCACAGAGCAGCUCGUCGUCCUCUAUUCCUGCUGGCUCGAGGUUCCGCCACAGCUCGAAACAUGCGAAGCACUCGUCCAACCAUUCGAAGCACUCGAAGCCCGCGAAGCAUUCGUCCAGCCAUUCGAAGCACUCGAAGGCCGCAAAGCACUCGUCCAGCCAUUCGAAGGACUCAAAGCCCGCGAAGCACUCGUCCAGUCAUUCGGAGGACUUCAAACCCGCGAAGCACUCGUCCAGUCAUUCGAAGCACUCGAAACCCGCGAAGCACUCGUCCAGCCAUUCGGAGGACUCAAAGCACACGUCCAAGCACUCGACGCACUCGACGCACUCCAAGCACACGUCCAAGCACUCGACGCAUGCGCACUCGAAGCACUCGCACCCCUCGAAUUCACACUCGCACUCUUCCAAGCACCCCAAGUCGUCUGGUAAGAAGUGCGCACGCAAGAGCAAGUCGCGCAGCUCGUCGCACAAUGCCGAAAGCACCUCUUCGGGCGUGGGCGGGGCACACGGCGCUCGCGCUGCCAACAACAACAAACCCAAGUUCGGCAUGUUCUACCUGAUCUCCAAUAAGGGCGGCGCGGCUGCCCCCUAUGGCAGAAAGGUUACCAACAAUGCCCACGGUGGUCGCGUAGCGAUGACGGCACAGGAGCCUGAUGGCAACUUGCCGAAACAGUUUGUGAUUACCAACAACCCCAACUACGGUUUUAUCGAGGCGCAAAACGACCUGUACACGAUCCGUAAAUGGGCAGGCGAUCUGGGCAAACUUUCCAGCCAGGAAAACCGCAACGAGACUAUCACUGCACUGUUCAAUGCCGCGUCGCGCUACUAUCCCGACGUCGACACGAAGACUGUGGUGCGCAUCAUGCUCGCAGACAUCAAAGCUGAGUCGGAUUUUGAAAAGAGCAACAAGAGUGGUGGCCGCAUUGAUUCGGGCGACAGCAUGGGUCUCUUGCAGGUCAGCCCUGGUCAGAGCUCUCAGGAGCUCUCCGAGUUCCAGAGUAAUGUGAACUCCGGGCAGAACACGUACUCUUGGGCGAUUGGCACUGCGUCUGACUAUGAAAUUAACUUUGGCGGAAAGUCGACACUCGGGCCCCUUGUGGACUACGAAACGGGCAAGCCGCUCGAUAUCAAGAGUCUCACGCAGGAAGACUUGAAUAAGCCCUGGGUGAAUAUCCACAUUGCCAUGUGGCUUCAGUCGAACUAUGCACGGACCGGCAGCCAGGACCCUUCGAAUUGGAACAAGAUCAGCAAGUCCAGCAAGAGUGUGCGCCAGCAGUACCAGCCUGCGAUCAGCCAAAUCUUAAAGAAGGCAUCUUCUAGUGCAUCCUCAAACUCGGAAUCAAGUGCGAGUGGCUCGCAUUCGAGCGCAAGCUCGAGCGCGGGCUCUGGCAACUUCAACCAGAACAAGUACCAGAGUGAAUUAGACUCCUUGAACAAGAACCUCAAGAGCAGGAAGGCGCAAAACACCACGUUUGCUACGGGCCUUGGCUCCUGGGUUGCCGGCGCUGCCGAAGACUCGGGUGGCUACGCUGGCUCGGGCGACGAUAUCAGCAAAAGUUACUUUAAAAACAUUGGUGAAGGUCUUUCCGUCUUGUACACUGGUGGCCCAGACAAGGCCAGCGACUAUGGCCAAGAUUGGCUCAACAGUGUGGUGCUCACUCCUGGUCUGGUCGACUACUCGUCCUAA